GGCUUUGGCAUCGGGAGAGCUCGCCGGCCGCGCGCGAUGCAGCAGCCGCGUCGGCAGCAGUCCAUCCUCGCCUUCCUUCAGAGGAAGCCGCCGGCGGCGAAGGAGGAUGGCGCGACGCCCGAGAAGCCCCCGCGGCCCCCCGCCGCGUCGGUCGCCGGGAUCAUGGAGAGGCUCGUGCGGCCGCCGCAGCAGGGGAGAGACCAGGAUGCUUCCCAGGUUAGACAUGUGGAGCAAAAAGUCUUACCUGUGAAAAAUCAAACUCCUUCAAAUGAGUGCUCAAGUGCAUUGUUCUCAGGAUCUUGCAAUGGUGUAGAUAACAGAGCAACCAAGCUGGUUGCAGGAAAAGGUUCAAGUAUGCCCCCUUUGCAGGAGCCCCUGAAGUCCUUAAGGUCUCCCACGGAUGAAUUUGUUAGAGCAAGCAUGCUGUUCCAAGAACUUGGUUCAGAUCAGACUCUUCUGCCGGAGUGUCCAAAGAAGUUCCCCUUUGAGUCUUCCAACAAUAAAUGCAUUCAGGAUAAUUCAUCAUUUGAAGAGUUUGAUGUGCAAACUCCUUCUCAGGAUCCUUCAAAAGGAGUCUUGUGGAGAUCUUCUAGUGGAGCUUCUACGCCUUUAACAGAAUCUGAUUCAGAUAAAACUCCUUUGCAGCAUCCAUCAAAGAAGUUCUCAUUAGUAUCUUCUAAUGGUGAAUAUGUUCGGGCCACUACACUGUUUCAACUUGAUUCCAAUUGUACUCCUUCACGAGAACCCUCAGAGAAGCUGCCCUCUGGGCCUUCAGACCUUCAAUACAUUAAAGCAACAAAUUUGUUUGCAGAACUGGAUUCAAAUGGAACUCCUUCGCAGAAUCAUUUGAAAAAAAUAUCCUCAGUGUUUAUGAAUGAUAAACGCAUUGGAGCAGGUGCCACACUAUUUUCAGAAUUUAAUUCUAGUCCACUGAAACCAGAAACACCAUUGAUGCGAGCGGUAACUCCUCGUCUGAAGAGAGUUCAAGAAGAUCAACGUGCGAGUAGCAAUGACCAAUGCUCUCCUUUAUGGGUUCCAAAUAAGAAGGUGAAAUCAGCUCAAUGUUCUCCAGCUGAGAAGAAAGUCCAUUCUGAAAUGGCUGAAAGUGCACGCAGCAAGUUUGAGUGGCUGAAUCCUUCGAAUGUCAAAGAUGCAAAUGGAAGGCGGCCAACAGAUCCACUUUAUGACAAGACAACUAUUUUUAUUCCACCUGAUGCAUUGAGAAAGAUGUCAACAUCUCAAAAGCAAUACUGGAAUAUUAAGUGCAAGUAUAUGGAUAUUGUUUUGUUUUUCAAAGUGGGAAAGUUCUAUGAACUCUAUGAGUUGGAUGCUGAGAUUGGCCAAAAGGAACUUGACUGGAAAAUGACUAUCAGCGGGGUGGGAAAAUGCCGGCAGGUUGGAAUUUCAGAAAGUGGGAUAGACGUUGCUGUCGAAAAGCUUUUAGCUCGAGGGUAUAAAGUUGGCAGAAUUGAACAAAUGGAAUCUGCAGACCAGGCCAAAGCCAGAGGGUCAAAUUCAGUUAUUCAAAGAAAACUGGUUCAUGUAUCCACACCAUCAACAGUAGGGGACAGCAACAUUGGGGCUGAUGCUGUUCACCUUCUUUCACUCAAAGAGAUUGCUCUAACUUCAAACGGUUCUCGGGUUUAUGGAUUUGCUUUUCUAGAUUAUGCCGCGCUUAAAAUCUGGGUGGGCUCCUUUCAUGACGACGAUACAUUUGCAGCUUUGGGGGCUCUGUUGGUGCAGGUCUCUCCAAAAGAAAUAAUCUACGAAACCUCAGGCCUUUCAAAAGAAACUCAUAGAUCAAUUAGAAAGUAUGCUUCAGCUGGUUCUGUGAAAAUGCAGAUGACCCCAUUGUAUGGGAUAGAUUUAUCUGAGGCUUCAGAAAUUCAAAUGUUAGUACAAUCUAGAGGAUAUUUUAAAGCGUCAACAAGUUCAUGGUUAUCUGCAUUGGAUUCUUCAGUGAAUAAAGAUGCAGUUAUUUGCGCACUCGGAGGACUUAUUAGUCAUUUAACUAGGCUUAUGCUAGAGGAUGUUCUGAGAAAUGGGGAGGUGUUACCAUACCAUGUGUACACAACAUGUCUAAGAAUGGAUGGCCAGACUCUUGUGAACCUUGAGAUUUUCAGCAACAAUUUUGACGGUGGUUCAUCAGGUACCUUGUAUAAGCACCUCAAUCACUGCAUAACUCCAUCUGGCAAGCGGCUUCUAAGAAGAUGGAUUUGCCAUCCACUAAAAGAUAUCAAUGCUAUCAAUGAAAGGCUUGACAUUGUUGAGGGCUUCAUUCAAAAUUGUGGGCUAGGAUCUGUUACACUUGAGCAUCUCCGUAAAGUUCCUGAUCUUGAGAGAUUACUAGGACGAGUUAAAUCCACUGUUGGUUUAUCAUCUACAGUCCUGUUGCCCUUUGUUGGAGAAAAGAUAUUAAAAAGACGGAUAAAAACAUUUGGCAUGCUUGUCAAGGGCUUCCGUAUUGGAUUUGACUUACUGGAUGUCCUACGAAGACAAGAUCAUGGUAUCUCAGCACUGUCAAAGGUUGCAGAUGUUCCAACAUUGAGCACCCUUAAUGAAUUAAUUCAUCAAUUUGAAGAAGCAAUAGACAAUGAUUUUCCAAGAUACCAGGAUCAUAAUGUCAGAGAUGAUGACGCAAACACUUUGGCUAUACUAGUGGAGCUUUUUGUUGGAAAAGCUUCUGAAUGGUCUCUAGUGAUCAAUGCUCUCAGCACUAUCGAUGUGCUUAGGUCCUUUGCAGCCAUGACAUUGUCGUCAUUUGGCACAAUGUGCAGACCGAAUAUUCUGCUGAAAGAAAAAGCGCCUAUACUUAAGAUGAAGGGUCUAUGGCAUCCUUAUGCUUUUGCAGAAAGUGUGAAUGGGCUAGUACCAAAUGAUCUAUCUCUUGGUCAUGAUUUAUCUGGUCAAAAUCGCUUUGCGUUGUUGUUGACUGGUCCAAACAUGGGCGGGAAAUCUACAAUAAUGCGUGCCACCUGUCUGGCUAUCGUGCUUGCCCAGCUAGGCUGUUAUGUUCCCUGCCAAUCAUGUGAAUUGACCCUUGCAGAUGCCAUAUUUACAAGAAUUGGUGCAAUGGACCGGAUCAUGUCUGGAGAGAGUACUUUUCUUGUUGAAUGCACUGAGACUGCAUCUAUUCUUGAGAAAUCAACUGAGGAUUCUCUUGUCUUGCUUGAUGAACUUGGCCGAGGAACUAGUACAUUUGAUGGAUAUGCAAUUGCAUAUGCAGUAUUCCGACACCUCGUGGAAGUGGUCCGGUGCCGUCUUCUCUUCGCCACUCACUACCAUUCCCUCACCAAGGAGUUCGCCUCUCACCCCCAUGUGACCCUUCAGCACAUGUCCUGCGUGCUGAAGCCAAGGGGCGGCGGCCAUGGCGACGAGGAGCUCACCUUCCUCUACCGGCUCACGUCGGGCGCCUGCCCGGAGAGCUACGGCCUGCAGGUCGCCACGAAGGCAGGGCUCCCGAGGUCGAUCCUGGAGAGGGCGGCGGUCGCUGGCCAGAUGAUGAGGACGAAGAUCGCCGGGAAUUUCAGGUCGAGCGAAGAGCGGGCCGAGUUCUCGACGCUCCAUGAGGAGUGGCUGAGGACGAUCCUGGCGAUCGGAGGCGUGAAGGACGCGGACCUGGACGAGGACACCAUGGACACGCUGUUCUGCGUCUUCCAUGAGCUCAAGGCUCACUUCAGGAAAGGGGAAUGAGCGUUGAGCCGUCAGCAGCAGCCACUAAUUAUCGAUGUUUUUAUUCAUAAGUGCUCUUCACGUCUUUUGUGUCUGAAAAGCCACCAUUUGUUAUAGGUAAUCAGUGGUUUUAAUUAAUGGCUCUAGUUCUGUAUAUAUAUACGGUAUGUCAGUAUGUGCUACUCUGUCAGAGCAAUAGCAAUCUGGCCUGUUUGUCUUAGCCUCAGUGUUUCGUUUUGGAGGGAAACCCAAAAUGAUCUGGAUCUGCCCUGUUUACCAGAACGACCCCCUUGGAAGCUUUUUAAGCAGGGGUUUACAAUUCUUAAGUGGA